CCUCCCCCUGGUGUUGGCCCCGUUGCCUCGGGGUGGGGGAGGUCGUGAAGGGGGCGAUAAAAUGGCGCAGGGGGCGGAGUGAGGUGCAGCCGCUCGCCCAGGCUUUGGCCCGGCUUCCGGAGGAAGGUGGGAGUCAAUCACUUUGACAAGUCUCCUGAAAGGAACAGCCAGCAGGAGUUGACACCUUUUUCCAUUUGGUCUCGUGGCAAAGGCUGAGAUUGCUGCAGCAGCUCCACACAAUAUGACGUGCUCACUGUUGCCCUCUGAACAGUCUUCUGCUUCCUCUUUUUUGCCUAAAAACAAUGCCUCAUUUUCUUGGGGUUCCCUGGAUGAAGAUGAAUUGGAUGACUCCUUGUUGGAGUUUUCUGAUGGAGAAGAAGAUGAUGGCCAUUUCAGUUUCACAGAGGAAGAGAUUGAGACGCUCUUGAAGGAUGAUGAUGGUGGGCAUGAGUAUGGAGAGAGAAAGGUUCGAAUUCUACCUGAUACUUCUCAAGAAAAUUCUUUGUACAGCUUGGGACCAGCAUCUGAGACCCCUGGGUUCUUCAAACUACCUCAACUAAAUACAUCAGUUGGUCAUGGACCAGCUCCUAGUAAAUCAUUAAACAGACACUUUGUACUCGAAAAGAACCUUAUCAAAGUAACUGUUGUUGCACCAUUUAAUCCAACAGUUUGUGAUCCUGUGCUUGAUAAAGACAAGAUCGAUUCCUCCAAAGAAACGGAAAAACCUGUCUCCCUUGGGGAACAGACAAGAGAAGACGACAUUCAUCCUAAUGAGAGUAAACCUAGUACUGAACCUGAAGGGGUCAGUCCCAAUAACUCUGCUUGCGAUGGGUCCAGUAACAUCGAACAAACUGCCUCUGAUAAAAAUAUACCUGAAACUAAGAAACCAACCCCUGUGUUCUCUCAGAUCUCCAACCAUUCAGAGGUACCUAACAGGGGAUCAUCCUGGAAAAAUAGUGGAUCACAUAAAUCAGGUUGUGAAAUGAGAAUUCCAGUCGUGUCUAGUUCAUCAAACAGACAUGCUUUUGACAAGGAUUCUGGGGAGGUGAAAGGUGAGAGAAGACUAGGCAAAGUCAUUCCUGUUCUACAAACCAGAACCAGGAUGUUUUCACAAUCAGAUCUAGAGAAACAGAAGGACAUUUAUCUCAGCAAAGUCAUUGCUCAUAUAGAAGACCCAGGGGACUCUAACCAAGUACAAGCUCUUGAAAGUCUGAACUAUGUGCUGGAUCCUUCAAGCUAAUAUCCCUGUACUUCAUUAGAAGCUGUUGCAAGCCAAAGUGGAUAAAUUCUUUCUCCAGCCCUCAGGAGAUUAUACUGUUUUAUUCAUUGACCUAGUGGCCGAUGGGAAUUCAAAAAGGAGCAGAAUUGAAGGCAUGGAAUUGUUGGGAGGUUUUAUACUGAUAAAAGAAUUUCUUCUCAUAAAGGUUACUCUGUCUUCUGGUAUGUUUAGCUUCUUUUCUUGUUCAGCAAACUUUUUUGGAGUCCUUUUAGAAGUGUUAAGUUUGAAGAUUGGAACUGGAGACAUAAGCAGUGGGUCCUGGCGUGCUGGGAGUUCAUAGUCUAGAGAAGAUUAUUCCACUAAAAUAUUGAUUAGUUUUCUAAGGAAACACACACAGAGUAAAGGAGAAACUAGGAAGGAAGAAUGGAGAUGAUUGAGGAAGAUGUCCUAGCUAAAUUCCACAGAAAAGGUGAUGGACUUAGGUUCUCAGAUCUGUGCUAGGGAAAGGUUUAGGGAAGUUGUUCUGCGGUGAAGGCUCCUUUCUCUUAAAAAGUCCUGGAUUAGUAGUUUCUCUUUUAUAUGGCUACAGACAAAAGGUUUAGAGUGCUAACAUCAAUCAGGAGAACAUUUUAAAACUAAAUUCCUUUAUUCUUUUACUCAAGAUUUUAUUAAGCAAUGAGAUGUCAAUGUGCCAUUCUUUGCCCACCUGUUUGUGGCGUCUUUUUAUUUAAACUAUUAGGUCUGGUAAAAGUAAAGACAUUUUCCCACCCAUAUCAUUGGAGGGCAGAUUUUAAAGAGAUUUGUUCAUCUUCAAGCUUGUUUAAAAAAAGAAAAGAAAAGAAAGAAAGAAAAAAUCUGGUUGUUAUUUUUCUCCUUAGGUGGUCUUUUUUAUAUCCUAGGAGAUAGUACUUUUAUCUAAGUAUAUUUUCCCUUUUCAUUUGAGGUGUUCAAAGAAAAUUUCUCAUGUGAAGAAGCAAGGCACAAUUGCUCACAUUUUUACUGUCCUUUCCAUUUGCUUCUUAAUUCAGCAAUCACUCCCUUAAAAUUACUACAAUUUAUAUCCUAUUUUCACAGAACAGCCAGAAAUAUAGUAAGAAAGCAACAGAUUUUAGUGGUUAAAAAAAAAGUCUAGAGUUAACUUCUAGGUUUAUUUUUAUUUAGUUUUUGUUACAUUUUCUUUUGUAUACAUAUGUGCAUGUAGGCAUGUGUAGCCACAGUGCAUGUAUGGAGGACAGCUUGUAGGAGUCAGUUCUGUCCUUCUACCAUUGUGAGUCCCAAAUACUGAACUUAGGUUAUUAGGCGUGGAUUAAGUACCUUUACCUCUGAGCCAUCCCAUUAAUUAUACAACUCUGGAUUAUAUCCUGGCACCAUUGUUGGCUAGAUGGGACUUGAGCCAUGAAAAACUUAUUUGCAAAGUGAGAAUAAUGAAGUUUAGCUUGCGAAGCAUAAUUACAUAAGAAAACACAUGUAUAAUGUGUAGGACAGCGUUUAGCUUAAGCUAAUACAAUUUUAGCUAAUAGAAUUUUUUAGAUACCAGUAUCGACAAGAAAGUUUUGGGCUGGGGCAAAGGGUUAGUGGUUAAGAACACUUACUGCUUUUGCAGAGGCCCCAGGUUUGUUUCCCAGAGUCCACAUGACUUUUUACAAACUGUAAUUGGUGGAAAAACAAAACAGAAAAACCUGUAACUCCAGUUCCAGGAAAUCUGACGUCCUCUUUCUGGCCACUGCAGGAACUAGGCUUGCUUGCAUUUUGGUACACAUACAUAUGUUCAGGUAAACACUCAUACACAUAAAGUAAAACUAAAAACAAAGCUUUAAAAAAGCUCACCUUUUCAUAGUGAGGUAUAUUUUUUUAGAGAGACAGGAUCUUUCUAUGUAGUGCUGGUGGUCCUAUAAAUUGCUGUGUAACCAGGCUGCCCUCAGACUUAGAAAUUCUCCUGCCUCUGCCACCCGAGUGCUGGGAUUAAGGGUGUGUGCUACACACUUGGCUCAUAAUAGAGUUUUUAGGUAAGAUAGUGUGAUAUGUUUUAAAGCUCGACAAAUGACAAAAACCUGGUAAAAUAAAAUGAAAUAGCUUUUACAAAAAUAUUAAUAAAUGAAGCUGAGUGAUAAGCACGUAGGAUGUAUGUUAUUUUUAAUUUUGCAUACAUUGCAAAGAUAAUGUAAUAAGAUUUUUAAAACUUGACCUUUAUGAAAUUCUUGCCAUCUAAUAUUUUCCUGUCAAGUUAUUAUAAAAAUUUGUUUCUGUGACAUUUCUGUCUUUAUUUCAAUACUCCAGUAUGGUAUUAAGUUUGUUGUUGUUAAUUUUCAAUUAUGUUUAUUACUGUUGUGUGGGUAUGCAUGAUAUGUGGGUGUACAUACCAUGGCAUGCAUGUGUCUGGCAAAUGACAGCCUUGUUUAGUCAGUUCUUUCCUUCCGCCCUUAUUUAGGGUCCAGGAACUUGAAUUUAAGUAAUAUAUAUAUAUAUAUAUAAUAUUAAAUAUAAAUGUAUAGUUAUAUAAAUAAUGAUUAAGUGCUUUUAUUCAGUGAGCUGUUUCAUCAGGCCUUCCUGUGUGUGUGUGUGUGUGUAUGCAUACCUACACUUAUCGUACAUGCGCUCUCAUUACUGCUGGAGUUAUAGGCGUUGACUGUUUUGUGUAGCUCUGUUUACAUUGGUGUUAGGAAUCCAAAUUCCAGCCCCUAUGCUUGUGCAGCAAGCACUUUACCCGGUAAACCAGCUCCCUAGCCCAGUGCUAAGUCUUUGUGUCACUUUCCCUGGACAGUAGGCCCAGUAUCCAUACACAUUUGCUUUGUUUUGGGAGAUUGUUUGAGAUAGGGUUUCAUUCAUGUUUCAUACAUGGAAGGCUGGCUGCCUUUUAGCACUGUGUAGCUGAAGAAGAGCUUAAACUUUUUUUUAUUUUUUUAUUUUUUUAGACAAGAGUCUCAUUGACUAUCUUUGGCUGGCCUGGAACUUGAACUUGGUAUGUAGGGCAGGCUGGCUUAGAACUCACAGAGAUCUGCCUUUCUCUGCCUCCUGAGUCUGGGAAUAAAGGCAUUCAUCACCACUGCAUGGCCACACAUUAAGAUUUUUACCAAGGGCGAGCUAGAUAACUCAGCAAGUAAGGGUGCUUGCUGCAUUAGCUUCGUGGUCUAAGUGUAAGUUAAAUCCCUAGAACCAAGUCAAAGUGGAGAAGAGAACUGACUCCACAAAGGUGUCUUCUCACUUCCGCAUGUGCACCAUAGGUCAUACAUCAUAAGCACAUCCAGGAAUUGAAAAAUAGGGUCUUAGAGAGAUGGCCCAUUGGUUAAUCGUACUGACUGCUUUUGCAGAAGUCCAGUAUGGUUCCCAGUACCCACAUGGCAGCUCACAACCUCCUUAACUCCAGUUCAGAGGUUCCAAUGCUGCUUCAGGCCAAUGCUAACACCAGAUAUGCACAUAGUCUACAUGCAUGAAGACCUCUGGUUCUAAACAUUUCGUAACCCUUUAAUAAAGUUCCUCAGGACGUAGUGACCCUCCCCACCAUAAAAUUAUUUUCAUUGCUACUUCGUAACUGUAAUCUUGCUGCUAUUAAAAAUUGCAAUGUAAGCCAAAUGUGGUGGUUAGUCAUGUACUCUGGAGGUAGACACAGGGAGAUCUCUGAGUUCGAGGCCAGCCUAGUCUACAGAAAGUUCUAGGGCAGCCAGGGUUGUUACACAGAGAAACCCUGUCUUAAAAAAACCAAAAAAUAAAAAAUCAUAAUGUAGAUAUCUGUGUUGUCCGAUGGAUUUAGGCAACUGUUGUGAGAACCACUGAUGUAGGCAAAUACACAAAAUAAAAAUAAAGCUUUAAAGAAUAAGUAAAAGAAAUAAAUGAGUAAGCAAAUAAAUAAAUAUAGCCAAGAGUGGAUGAUGGUGGCACAUACCUGUACAGCCUUCAGGAGCCAGCAUAGGAUCAGAGAGAAAUCCUGUCUCUAAAUAAAGCAAAAAAUUUUUAGCUUCUCCUGGAAUACACCUAUAAUCUCAGUACUUAGAAAUAUUAGAAACCUGAGACCAACCAGUCUCAGCUAAGUUUGGGAUCAUAUAUGAAGUGGCUCUGUGAGAAAGGUUCUUUUUCUCCAAACUUGUUGAUUUGCGUGUGAUCUGGAGAAGCUACAAGGUGGAAACAAAGAGCUGGACUUCUGUGUUUGAGUGCCACCCCUCACCCUUAAAUGCAUAAAUAUAAAUUAAAAAAUAAUGUUUGAGGGCAGCCUGUCUGGGUAUUUUACAAGGAGGAGGAAUUUGUUUGGUAUGUUUGUUUGUUUGUUUUAGACAGGCUUCCUCUGUGUGGCCUUAGCUGCCCUGACUUGCUUUGUAGACCAGGCUGGCCUCCAAGUCAAAGAUCACCUCCCUGUGCUUUGUGAGCUCUAGGAGUAGUCGUGUACCAUCUUGCCCGGCAAGGGCAACCUGUGUUACAUGUGAUCCUGUCUCAAUACCAAAAUACCAAAAUAAAUUUCCUAGUCAUUACAAAGUAUUCUAUUUUGGAUAAUAGGUUGUAUCUAUUUUCAUUAUGUUGAGUGAAUGUUCUAGUCAAUAAAUGUUUAUGUACAACUCUUAUUUCUAUAGGAUGAAUGCCUAGAAGUGGAAUUAGUAGGUAAAGUAUAUAAACACUUAAAAAAAAAAACAACAAAACCUCUUGUUUAUGUUACCAGUCGUCAUGAUCAAAAAACUGAAUUAAUUUUUGUCAUCAAUAUUGAUAGGUAAAUUUAAUAAUUUUAAUCAAUAAGGUUAAAAUUUUAUGUUCAUUGAUUAUUUAUUUUUAACUUUUUGAGACAGGAUUUCUCUAUGCAGCCCUAGCUGUCCUGGAACUCUGAGAGAUCCACCUGCUUCUGCCUCCUGAGUCCUGGGAUUAAAGGCGUGCACUACCACCACUACCUUAAAUAAUAACUUUUUGUUUUGCUUUUUUGUUUUGGUUUGGUUUGGUUUGGUUUUUGGUUUUGGUUUGUUUUGUCUUGUAGAUAGGGUUUUUCCUGUGUAGCCGUGGCUGUCUCGGGACUCUGUAGACCAGGCUGUGAGAUCCACCUACCUCUGCCUCCCGAGUGCCCUGCGUCGCCCAGCUAAAUAUUACUUCUUAAGAUAUCUGAUAUCUAGUCCUUGUUCCAGUUUCCAAAAUUGUCCCAAAUGUUCCUAGAUAAUUUGAGGCAGAAUAGGAUGGUUUACAUCUUUAAUUUAUUGUCUCAAUCUCUUUUAAUCCAAGUCACUUCUUUUAUAGAUGAUUUCACAUUCUAAAUUUUGUCUGAUCAUUUUCUUUAGUGCCAUUUAGUUUGAUUUUCAUCUCCUGUGUUUCUGUAAACUGGAAGCAGGAUUAGAUUCAGAUUAAGCAUUCUGGACACAGUUUAGAAUACUUGUGUAUUUGUCCUCUAUAAACCUUGGAGGCAUAUGUGCCAAUUAAUGACAGUCUCUUAAACUUACGUUGUUACCAAAAUUUUGUUUGUUUUUUGUUUGUUUGUUUGUUUGUUUUGAGACAGGGUUUCUCUUUGUGGCCUUAGCUGUCCUGGACUGGCUUUAUAGACCAGGCUGGCCUUGAACUUACAGAGAUUUGCCUGCCUCUGUCGCCCUGAGUACUGGGAUUCCAGGUGUGCACCAUUGCACCCAGCUCCAAGUUUGUUAAAAAGUGUUAAUGGACAUAACUUCUCAUUGUGAGAUAUAUUUUUACCCUCUAAUUGCUGUCAUUUAUGGGGCGAUGCCUUAGUCCCAUAUGAAUAUCCUAUUCCCCAAAACUAACUUUACCUAAUGGUUUGAACAAUCAUUGAUGAUCUUCAUCUGAAUCAGCUAUUAUAAGAGGACAUGGAAAAUGUUUGUGCCCUCCCCAUAUAACCUUUAGUCUUUCUUUUUUUAGAAUAUGUAUUGACAAUUUUAUACAUGUAUGCCAUGUAUUUUGAUCACAUCCACCUACACCUCACUCAUUGCCUUGCAUACAUCCUAAAUAUAUGUUCUCCCAGUAAGCUGUAUUCCACCACUCAUGGAUUUUUUAAAGUUAUAUUUAUAGUUCCUAUUCUUUUUUUAAAAAAUUAUGUGUAUAAGUGCUUUGCUGGCAUAUAUGUUUAUGCCUUGUGUGUGUGCCUGGUACCCGUGGAAUCCAGGAGAGGGUGCUGGAUACCCUGGAACUAGAGUUAUAGACGGUUGUGAAUUGCCAUGUGGGUGCUGGGGAUUAAAGCCAGGUCUUCUACAGCAAGCAACAAUUGCUCUUAACUGCAGAGCCAUCUUUCCAGCCCCAGUUCCUAUUCUUGUUGAUGCUCAGUGUAUCUCAGAUUUAACCAUUAAAGGCUCCUUCAAGCUGGAUUCUACUGUCAACCACCAUCAAUCUUUUAAUUGGUGUGAAUAUGGCUCUAUAAGUAUGUCCUUUUAAGAGUAUCUGGGUUGUUUGUUUUUGUCGUCUAUUUAUUUGUUUGAUUUUGUUUUGGUUUUGUUUUUUGUUUUUUUUUUUGUUUUUUGUUUUUUUAGGACAGGAUUUCAUUGUAAUAGCUUUGGAUGUUCUGGUCUUUGUAGACUAGGCUGGCCUCGAACUCACAACCCACCUGCCUCUGCCCUUCUGAAUAUUUUUUUUGUUUUAAGCUGGGGUCUUACUCUGUAGCCCAGGCUGGCUUGAAACUCUCUAUAUAGCCCAGGCCAGCCUCAAAUUUGUGGUUAUUCUUCUCACCUUAGCCUCCUGAAGGCUGGGAUUACAAAUAUGAGCCACCAUGCUUAGCUCAAGUCUUUGUGAUACAUACCUAAAAGUAGAUCAAAUGAUGGUUUUAUUUUCAUAUGUUUUGAAUAAUCUCCAUACCAUUUAAUGUAAUUUUUAUCAUUGAUUCUAGCUUUUAUUUUAUGAAUUAUAUAUUUUUGAGUGCUAAGAAAUCAGUGCCUAAGGCAAAGUCAGAUUGCUCUCUUGUGUUUUAGCUGUGAGAGUUAGAUCUAUUACCCAUUCUGAAAUUAUUUUGUACUACAAGAUAUAAGUCAUUAUAUAAAUUGUUUCUUGUUGCCUUUCUUUUACACUUGAUUUGUGUGUGUGCCGUAGCAUGAAAGUCAGAGAACAUCUUGCGGAGUCCGUUCUCUCACACUGAGUGAUAUCAGAGAUCGCACUUGGCCAUCAGCGUGGUGGGCAAGCACCUCACCUCUGUGCCGUUUUGUUGGCCUACCCCUUCCUUUUUUAAACAUUUUAUUAUUGUUUUUGUAGAUGGAAUUGCAGUUGUUUCUUUACUGCUUUUUAUGAAGACUAUUCAUUUUUUGGCUGGUUUCAUUUUGUUGAAAACCAGUUAAUCUAACUCUACAGAGAAAAAAUUUAAUAUAUCCAUUAAUUUUAUUUUGUAGUUAUUUUGGCUAUUAUAUUUUCUUUGUAUUGAUGCAUGUUUCAUUUUUAAUUUUUCUUUCAUUAUGUGUAGGGAUGUUUUGCCUGAAUAUAUGACUGUACACUGUGUAUGUACAGUAUCCUCAGAACCAGAAGAGGGCAUUGGAUGCCCUAAAACUGGAGUUACAGGAUGGUUGUAAACUGCCGUUAGGGUGCUGGGACUAGAACCUAGGUCCUGUGAAAGAGCAGCCAGCCAGUGCUCUUAACCACUGAGCCAUCAUUCCUGCCCUCAGAUACAUAAAUUUUAGAAUCAGCCUAUCAAAUUAUUUAAAAAGCCUGCUGGGUUUUUAUUAAAAUUGCAUUGAAUGUAUAGAAAUUGGAUAAAAUUUAGCAAGAAAGGAUAUCUUGAGUAUUUUGAUUCUUAAUUAUUCAAAUCUUAAAUUUCUUGCAGCGGUAUUUUGUAACUCCUGUUUCUUCCUGAAUGUAUGGCCUUGAACUUCUUAUUCUCCUGCUUUAGUAUUCUGAGUGUUGGUAUUAUAGGCUUGAGCCUCCAUGGAUAGCUGUUUUAGAGCUUUUGAUGUACAUCGUUCACAUCUUUGGUAUCCCUGAGUAUUGUAUAUGGUGAUGCUUUUGUCCAAGAUGUAUUUUAGAAUUUCAGCGUCUGUCUAGGUAGCACACAAGUAUAAUCUCAGUUUUCAGGAGAUUGAAGCAGGAAGAUGAGUUUGAGACCAGCUUGAAUUAUGAAAGACCCUGUCUCAACAAAAGGAAAACACCCCUACAUUUACAAAUAAAUACUUUUUCUGUGAUAAAAAUUUAGUUGAUUCAUAUAUAUAUAAACUCACUUGCUAGUUUUUUAAAUAGAUUUCAUCCAGGAGCUGGGCGUGGUAGCACAGCACUUGGGAGGCAGAGGCAGAUGGGUUUCUGAAAAAUGAGGCCAGCCUGUUCUACAUAGUGAGUCCAGGACAGCCAGGGCAAUGUAGAAAGACCUUGUCUCAAAAGACCUUGUCUUUUGGUGUUUUCAAGUCAGGAUAGCCAGGGCAAUGUAGAAAGACCUUGUCUCAAAAUAAAUAAAUAAAUAAAUUUUCUGCUCUUCCUCCCUUCCUUUCUUUGUGUAUGUGUAUACGUGUAUAGGGGCCAGAAAAAGUCUGCUACUAUGCUUCUCUUCAUACACUGCUGUACUUCUUAAGAAUUGAAUUUUUGAGGUCUCUAACCAAACUUCAAGCCCCCAGGUUAAGGUUAGGCUGGCUAAAUAAGCUCUCAAGAUCCUAACUCCAUCAGUCCCUGCUUACAUCUCUGGGAUUAAAGGCAUGUGUGACCACACACACACAAACACUUUUUUUUGUUUUGUUUUGUUUUGUUUUUUUUUUGUUUUUCCAGUUUAGCCUUGGACUCACGUUGUAGAGCUGGCCUCAAACUCACAGAUCCACCUGCCUCUGCCUCCUGAGUGCAGGGAUUACAGGUGUGCUUCAUCCAGCCUGAUUUAUUUUUCACGACAGCGUUUCUCUAUGUAGACCUGGGUGUCCUGGCUUGCUGAUUCCAGCUUCACUGCUGGGGCUUCAAACUCAUGUCCUCUUUUUACCACAUUUCAUCUAUUUGUUUGUUGGUAGUUUUUAAAGAUAGUCUUACUUUGUUGUGGAACUAUGUAGACCAGGCUUACAGAGAUCUUGUCUAUUCCUCUGGAGUGUUAGGAUUAAAGGCAAACAACACCAUGCUUGGGCUAUUAUCAGAUCUAUGCAGAUAGCUAUGUUAUUUUUUUUUAAUUAUUUAUUUAUUAUGUGUACAAUAUCUGCAUGUAUGCUUUCACAUCAGAAGAGGGCGCCAGAUCUCAUUAUAGAUGGUUGUGAGCCACCAUGUGGUUGCUGGGAAUUGAACUCAGGACCUCUGGAAGAGCAGACAGUGUUCUCAACCUCUGAGCCAUCUCUCCAGCCCCCAGAUAGCUAUGUUAUUAGCAAAUAUAUAUAUAUAUAUAUAUAUUUAUCUUAUUGUAUCUAAGUACAACAUUUAAUCCAAGUAAUGAAAUCUUUUUUAGUUUUAGGGGAGAACAUUGAAUCUUUUACCAGUAAUAAUUGUGUUUCUUAUAAGUUUCCUUGAAUAUAUUUUUAUUAACUUAAAGAUGAUCCUUCAGUUAUAGUUUGAUAGAAGUUUUCAUUAGAAAUGGGUAUUGUCAAACAUUCUAAACAUGUCUACAAAUGAUUACACAGUUAUUUCUAUUAAUAUAGAGUUAUAGUUGAUUGUUCAGUAUUAAUCCAUCUUUAAUUUCUAGUUUUAUGCGAAUUCCCAAAAAUCUUUGUCUAAUAUUGUUGGAUUGUUAAUUAUUUAUUUACAGUUCUGUUUUGUCUUUUGGUGUUUUCAAGUCAGAGUUUCCCUGUGUAGUCGUGGCUAUUCUGGAGCUCACUCCUACAGAUCAAAGUUUAUUUACCUUUAUUUUAUGUGCAUUGGUGUUUGCCUGCACAUAUGUCUAUGUGAGAGUGUCAGAUCUCAGAGUUAGAGGCAGUUGUGAGCUGCCAUGUGAACCAGAUUUGAACCUCUGUCCUCAGGAAGAGCAGUUAGUGCCCUUAACUGCUGAACCAGCUCUCCAGUCCCUAUUGUAGUUGUUGUGUUUUGGUUUUUUGAGGCAGGAUCUCCUAUAACUCAGGCUUUUCUUGAACUCAUCGCGUAUUUGGGGAUGAUCUGAACUGCUGAUCACCCUUUGCCUUCAUCUAUGAACAUCUUUGAUACAUUUCUUCAUUUAUUAAUGUAUUUUCUAAAUUUGUUCAACAAGGUUUUCGCUUUUAUUAUAGGUCUUGUACAUAUUUUUUAAGUUCAUUCAUAUGUAUUUAAUGCUUGUUUAUGCUGUGUUAAGUGAUAUUUAAAUUUUUUCAUUAUUUAGUUGGUUAUUGCUAGAAUAUAGAAAUGUUGAUUUUUAUGACUAUAUUAUAUAAAUUAAGCUAAUUUUCCUGUUACUUUUGUGAAAUUUUUAGAUAUUUUAGAAUUUGUUGUGUUCUGAUAAUAUCUGUAAAUAAAGAAAGUUGAUUUUUCAAUUUAUAAGCCUUUUAUUUCUCUUGCCUGCUGUACUGACUGUGGCCUCAUUAAAUGUGAUAUAGGUUUAUUAUAGAUGCUUUAUCAGGUUAGGAAAAUUCCCUUCUGAUUUUGUGAUAAUUUUUAUCAUGGACUAGUAACAGAUUUUGUUAAAUGCAUUUUCUGCCUUUACUUACUGCAUUUACAAGUACCUAAUAGUAUUUUUCUUAUAUUCUGUAUUAUAUUCUCAUACAUUGAUUGAGUUUUGUGCUCCUAGAAACGGGAUUUGAGGGCUUGCACAUGCUAGGCAAAACCCCUAGCCUAGCUCUAUUCUGUUCAGCCGUCUUGCACAAGCUUCCUUAAUCUUAAAUCACCUUUACUCGGUUUGCUAAUUCUUUUUUUAAAGGAUUGUCAAAAUUGUGUGUGUGUGUGUGUGUGUGUGUGUGUGUGAGAGAGAGAGAGAGAGAGAGAGAGAGAGAGAGAGAGAGAGAGAGAGAGAGAGGAUGGAGUCAGUUCUCUUCUUCCACCUUUUUGUGGAUUCCAGGGCUUGAACUUAAUGUCAUCAGGCUUACAUAGCAAGCACCUUUAUCUGCUGGACCAUCCUGCCAGCCCUUUUAAAAUACUUUUAGCUGGCUAGUGAUGGCAUACUUUUUAAUCCCAGCACUCUGGAGGCAAACGCAGGCAGACUGGUUCUACAUAGCAAGUUCCAGGACAGCCAGGGCUACAAGUAUUCUUUAGUUUUCUUGACUAUGCGAAUGCUAGAUUUCAUUCAUUCUUUCAUUCAUUCAUACAUUCAUUUGGUGUUUUUUGGGAGGUGGGGGGUGGGGUAGGAGUACGACAGAGUUCUUAUGAUGAAUCUCUGGCUGUCCUGGAAAUUCACUAUGUAGACCAGUUUGGCCUCAAACUCACAGAGGUUCCCCUGUCUUUGCCUCCCAAGUGCUGAGUGUGUGUGGGGUUGGUAGUUAGGUUUUUCUUGUUUUACUUUCUUGAACAGUGUAUCUGGAAAUUUAUCAAACUUACUGAUUUCCCACAUACACAUAAAGGAGGUUUUGUUUUCAUACUUAAAAAAAAGUUGUUUUUAUAUGAUUUUGGAGUGUGUGUGUGUGUGUGUGUGUGUGUGUGUGUGUGGCCCUGGAACCCUCUGUAGACAAGGCUGGCCUCAAACUCAGAGAGAUCUGCCUGCCUCUGCUUCCUGUGUGCUGGGAUUAAAGGUAUGUACUGCUACUGCCUGGCUUUCUUUUAUUUUGUAUGUAUAUGUGUUUGUUCAUUUAUACGUGUAUGUAUGUGCCAAAGUAUGUAUGUGUUUAGAAGAAAACAUGCUGGACUCAGUUUUCUCCUUCCACCAUGUGAGUUCCAGGGAUUGAACUUGGGUCAUCAGGCUUGGUGACAAGUGCCUUUACUUGCUGGUCUUUUCUUUCUUUUUGUGCUUUGGGUUUAAUUUUCUCUUGUUUUCUAGAUUUGUUUUUUAUAUAUAUACAUGAUUUCCAUUUUAUCUAAACAUUUGAAGUUACAGUUUUCCUUUUAAGUACUACUUAGCUAAAAUCUUAUUUUUUUAAUCUUAUUUUUAAUUCAUUGUUUUUAUUUCACAUGUGUUGGUGUUUUGCCUAUGUGUAUGUCUGCAUGAGGAUGUAGGAUCCCCUAGAACUGGAGUUAGCUGUGAUCUGCCAUGUGGGUGCUGGGAAUUGAACCCAGGCUCUCUGGAAGAGCAGCCUGUGUGCUUAACCGCUGAGCCACUUUUGCAGCCCUACUUUUCAGAUUAUUAAGUUCACUUAUUAAGUGGAAUUUUCCCCAACACCAGCUUUAUAUUUAUAAGUUAAGGUUUACAUUAGUGAUUGAAAUACUGAAGUGUAAGGGGUUUUUAAUCCACAUUUUAUUGCUAUAUGAAUUUUAUUUAGCCACAGAGCAAAGGACAAUCUUCACCACCUCUUAGCCACAACUUAAAAAUAAAAUCAUGAUACUGAUUGUUGGUCCAAGAAAGCCCAUCUGUUAGAGACUAUGAAGAGAAGAGAACAUUUAAAUGUUCCAAUUCUUGUUAACAUCUCUAAAUUUGGAGGAAGGAGAGGUUGGAGCUAAGAACCUAAAAUAAGGUUUUUGGAUUAUUAGUCUCACCUGGGUUUGAAUCCUGGCUUACCAGUCAGGAUAUUAGAUGAUGGCCAAGUGUAUGUCUUCUCCAAACUUUUGUUGUCUUCUGAAUAAAACAAAUUAUAACAUGUGCCCUUAGUAAUUGUUAGAAGUCAGUGGUGCAUAUAAAACGUUUAGCAGAGAACCUAGUACCUACGCACUUGAUAAAUGUCAGCCAUCAUAGUCUCCAGUUAGUAAGUCUAAUAAAGAUUACCCUUAGGAACAAGUUUAGUUUUUCUUUCUAUUUAUUUGUUUUUUCAAAACAGGGUUUCUCUGAAGCCUUGGCUGGCCUGGAACUCGCUCUGUAAACCAGGCUGACCUCACUCUCACGGAGAUCCACCUCACGCCAGGGAGACCUAUGGCUCCCAGGCUUAGGUUCUUGACAUGGCCGUGAGCAUGUCACCAUUCCAUGCUCACUCAGAACUUCUUACUCCCAUAGCACAGUAGUUAAAGAGCCCAAAAAGUAGUCUAUCCUUGAAACAAGAUGAUUUUUCCUGCCACUAAGAAGGUAAGUCAGGUAGUGGUUCAUGCCUGUAGUCCUAGUAUUUUGGGGCCUGAGGUAGUUAUAAGGCUGGACUACACUGAGACCCUGCCUUAAAAAGACUGAAGAAGAAGAAGAAAAAAUAGCUUUUCUUUUAAAAGCUACUUAGCCUGGCCAUGCUGGUGCAUGCUUUUAAUUCCUGUACUUGGGAGGCAGAAGCAGGCAGAUCUUUUGAGUUCAUAGCCAGCCUGGUCUAUGUAAUUUGUUUCAUGCCAGCCAGGGCUACAUGGUAAAGCUAUAUCUCAAAAACAAAACAAAAACACAACUUACUAAUGAGUAAUAGCCACUGCCUUAUUUAUGAGCCUUAUUUAUGAGACAGGUGUCUCGUGUGUGUGUGUGUAUGUAUUUGUGUGUGUGUGGCCUGGAGGACAAUCUCAGUUUUCAUUCUUCAGGAGCCAUCCACCUUGGUAUUUUGUUACCAGGUCAGCCAUUGGCCUGGAGCUUGUGAAUUAAGCUAGGCUGUCUGGCCAAUGAACCCUGAUGAUCUGCCUGCCUCUGCUAUACCUCCCCAAUGCUAGGGUGGGGGUACUAGUAGGUCCAACAACUGCACCUGGCUGUUUUCUAAACAAAAGAGUUGUGUUCAACAGUCCUGAUUUAAGUUAAGAUUGACUUAUAAUGUGAAUAUUUUUUCAUUUUUUGUGUGUGUCAGAUACAUGUGUGAGAAUCAGAGAACAACUAGGGUAGAGUGGGUUUUGUCUUUUAACUGUUUUCUUCAGACCAAACUCAAAUUGGUAGGCAAGUGCCUUGACCUGCUGAGCCAUCUUGCCAACCCAGUUUGAAAAGGCUUUGUUCUGUUAUAGUGUAAGUAUCAGGAUAGAUGGGAAAUAGAUGUAAGAGGCAGUCAUUUUGAUUAGCAUUGUAUGCCUGUUCUGACGGCUGUGAAUGUCCCCACUUGGCAUCAUUGUUUCUCCCAAAGAUGCAAACAUUUCAAAUCUCAGAUAGAAAAAGGUUCCAACCGGGUGCAGUGGCACAUGCCUAUAUUCCUAGCGCAAUCCCAAAGGCAAAGGCAGGUGGAUCUCUGAAUUUGAGGCCAGCCUGGUCUACAAAGCAAGUUUAGGACAGUCAACACUAAACAGAGAAACCCUGUCUCUUUGUGUGUGUGGGGGGGGUGUGUGUAAAAAAAGUUUAACAAAAGGUUCCAAAGAACACCAGCCUUCCAUGUUCAUGGUACAAACCAUGACAAAAGCCAUUUUCAUAUUGUUAAACAGAUGGAUAAGAUUGCCUGUAGAACCCAUGGCUACUGGUAUCUCACACUGCCUCAGUUGCUCAGCUCCACACAAUAUAGCAUUUUAAAAACAAUCCAAUCCAGGUAUAGUGUGAGAACCUUUGAUUCUAGCACUCUGGAGGAAGAGGAGCACAGAUCUUAGUCUGGGGCCAGUCUGGGAGUUCUAGGUCAGCUCCAGCUACAUAGGAAGGCCCUGUCACAAACAAAUAACAACAAAAGUAGUGAUCCUGGCUCAAAAAAUAGUAUUUUAUUGCUUUUAUUUUUUUAAUUAUAUGAUUGGAUGUAAUUAGUAAUGUUCACAUUUUCACAAAAAUGGAGAGUAGCCUCACUCCCAAAACUUAGUGAAGUUGAGUUUUCUAUUUAGCGUUAUAUGACAAGUUGUAGGAAUAUGUUUAAAAACUAGGAAGAGAAUCUCUGCUGUCUCAGAACUGAGCAGGAUUCACCUUAGAUUCAAUUUGUGUCCAUUACCUUGUUCUAGGAAAUGGUGAAACAUGUAGAACAAUUGUGUACACAUAUGUAUGUGUAUGUGUUGUGUGUGUAUAUAUAUAUAUACAUAUAUAUAUAUAUAUAAAGAAUUUUAGUUUGAUCAUCUGCUUUUCCUUCCCCAACUCCCUUUCCACCCAACCUCAUGUUUUUCUCUCAGAAAAAAAAACAAAAAACAAAAGCCAUAGCAAAAUAAACAAGUGAAAAUGAAAACAAACUAUGGAAGUCUGUUUUGUGUAGUCCUAGGCAUGGAGCCUACCCUGGAAUGUGGUUCUAUACUUAGUGAAUUGUCUAUUUUUUUGUUACUGACUAUAAUUGAUUAGCAUUCCCUGUAUCUAAAAAUGUUUUCUUUUUAUUAUGGAAAGUUGUUUUAGUAUACUUAUUUUUAUAUAAUAACAGAUAAAGAAUAUUUUAACUUUUUUUUUUUUUUUUUUUUGAGCUAGAGUUUCUGUAUAUAAGCAGAGCCUUGGCUGUCCUGGACUUGCUUUGUAGAACAUGCUGGCCUCGAACUCACAGCGAUACGCCUGUCUGUGCCUCCCCAAGUGCUGGCAUUACAGGCAUGUGCCACCUUGGCUAUUCUGACAUUUUUAAAAGGGGGGUGGUUUAGACCAGCCGGUUUAGCAUCACUUAGAAAUCCCAGAGCUACACAAUCAGACACUUUAAGGAACGAGCCACCAGCAAUCUGUUUUGUAAUCUCCAUUUGAUUAUAUAUAUAAAAUAAGUAUUAAAAUUUGAGAACCACUGGUCUAGGGAAAUUGCUUCCUAACUAGGGUGUAAUUUUUAUUUCUGUUUUUGUGGUUUUAGCUUAAGUUUCAGGUUUUCUUUUUUUGAGAUUUAUUUUAUGUACAUGGGUAUCUUGCCUGUUAUAUGUCUGUGUACCUCAUGCUUGCCUGAUACUGUGGAGACUCUAAGAAGGUUUGGAUCCUCUGGAACUGGAGUUACAAACACCCCUCUUAGCCAUUUGGGUACUGAGAGUCCUCUGCAAGAACAGCAAGUGCUGCGCAGUCUCACCAGCCUCAAGUUUUAGGGUUUUGUUGUUUUUACUGGUUUUCUUCCUUGGGGUAGGGGGUGUUUUUAUUGUUAUUUCUAAGCUAUGGCCUCUGUAGCCCAGGGUAGUCUGGAACCGUGUCUGCUGGGUGCCAGCUCUAGCGGUUGACAGGUCCCAGAGAAGAAAUAAGGAGUUGAGGGAGGAGUGAGUUAGGCAUGGUGGUAGGGGGCAAUCUUGCUGCUCUUGACUGUUUAUACAGAUUUCAUAAAAUAAAAACAGACAUGAUUUUCCAAGAAGUAUACAGAGCAUAUCAUUUUUUCUCUGGACAUGUGUUUGAUUUUUCAUUGCAUGUCCAGGGUCACAGGUUCAAUUACAGUUAACAAGUACAGAUAGAACAGAUUUCCUUUUUAUUAUCAGUCCCAUAACUCCAUUUUAAAGACUGUCUCUGCCAAAGCAAACAUGUUUGAUAUAUGACAGCCUGUUUUUAAGCUGGCAGCAAUUGUGGUUUCAAAGCAGUCCAGACAAACAGAAAAUAUUUGAGCCGGUCUUUUUAUGGAUGGCAAAUCAUGAUACUUAACUCCUUUUGCUUAUAUGCUUAUAUCAUCUAUACUAAUAGAUUAUUUUAGGGGCUGGAGAGAUGGCUCAGAGGUUAAGAGCACUGCUUGCUCUACCAGAGGUACUGAGUUCAAUUCCCAGCAACCACAUGGUGACUCACAACUAUCUGUAAUGAGAUCUGGUGUCUUCUGACGUGCAGGCAGAACAGUGUAUACAUAAUAAAAUAAAUAAAUCUUUUAAAAAAAAAAGAAAAAAAAGAUUAUUUUAAUCAGUUUAUCUUUAUUAGUGAGUUCUAUUCCCAUAAGGGUGUGCCCUGUAUAAGCCCCUAUCUUUAAACUACAUUUCAGAGAGCUCUAAGCAUAUUCUAAAAGGAGGCCUCUGAUCUGUUGCCAGUUCUCCUGGCCAGUCAGAGUUUGUCAACAAUCUUUAAGUUCACAUUGUUCCACUUACACUAUUUGAGUUUCCUGAGGGGCAGCUGUACCAAGAAGGUGCAGUCAUAGCCUCAUAACGAAAUUUCUAGUAUCAUUGUGCUUAUCACAAUAUCCAGGGCAUAAGGAAGACUUCCAGAUAGGGCCAGAUAAAGUUAUUUUCCUAAAAGCAGAAGGGAUAAUAAGUUUAGGGCUUUCCUGAAAAGACCUCAACAUAAUUUUCUGAGAAAAAACAUAAAAUGAAUCAUAAUGCAGAGAGUUCUCAAGAAUGCAACACACAGAGACCAAAACCUAAGGGUGAGAGACAGAAUGACAGUGAUUUCAGCAUUUGGUUUAACUUUGCUGGAACUGGAUCAAACAGCUGUGCUGGCUUUAUGACUUUUACUGUUUUCCAGUGGAUAUGGCAAUGCCAUUUACCCGUUUCUGAUUUGUCAACAUAAAGGUUUGCAGAUCUCAUGUAGGCCAUUUUUUAGUCUUUGGAAGAUGACUGGAAGAACAAGAGUUAAAAUUAGAACAACCACACCCCCCAAAAAAAAUUAGAACAACUCCCAGAAUUAUUCCCAAAUUAAUAAUAAAAAACCAAAAGUCCUAUCCCUAGAUAAAGGAUGUCAGACUUUAAAAUUUUAUCUACAACUUCUGCAGCUGAGAUAGGUCCUGAUUGAUCUGAGCUUAUAGCUGCAGUUUGUUGAUGUAAAGGCUCCAUAUUUAUGGUCAAAUCAGAUUUAUUCUGUAAGCCAUGGAGAUGGGAUCUAACUUGUUACCACAUUAUGUAACCCUCCCAAGUGUUAAGAUUACAAGCGUUUCGGGGUGGAAAGAUGGCUCAAUGGAUACUAGUGGUGUGGGGUAGAGACCCAAAGACCACACAGCACAACUGAAGUCUGAAUUGAGAGUCUGUGUUAGACUGGAUGGAGAUUGAAGAGAAACACUUCGCACAGAGCAUCCCAGAAUGCAUUUUAGAGGAAGCUUUUAAAGGCAAAACAGCAACAAAACUCAUCCUUGUUAGCAAUUUCAGUCUAAUAGAAGCCGAAACAUGCUGUUAGCUGGGUUAUUUUGACUCUUGAGUUUUUAGAACAGGGUUGGGAACUUUCCCAUGGGACUUUUCAUAGAGUAGGUGUGGGGUAUAGAAAGUGGGGUGGAGUCAGUUUCAGUUUAAACCAAAGGUGGCUGCAGCUGAAACAAGAUGGAGGAAUCUUUGCCCUGUCACAACUAGGACUUGAAUGGUUUUGCAGAGGACCUAGGUUUGUUUCCCAGCACUUACAUGGUAGGGAAAACUCCAGUUUCAGGGAAGCCAUUGCCGCCUUCUGACCUCGUUGGACACCAGGUAUGCAUGUAGUCCACAUACAACAAUGCACAUAAAUCUAAAGCAAAUUUUUUUGUCUUUGUUUUUUUGAGACGGGGUUUCUCUCUGUAGUUCUGGCUGUCCUAGGACUCCCUCUGUCGAUUAAGCUGGCCUUGAACUCAGGAAGAUCUGCCUGCCUUUGCCUCCUGAGUGCUGGGAUUAAAGGCAUGCACCACCACAACUGGCCCAUAAAACAGAUUUAAAAAAAAAAAGCAUUUCACAUCAUAGCAAGAGCAUGGUAUCACACAAGAACAAGUUGAAUUCUGGGUUAUUAAACAGGUAAGAAAGUUCACUUCCUCGAGCUGUAAUUUUUCACCUUUGAACUGAUACUAAGAACAUUCAUUUCAGCUUGUCGCAGUGGUGCACACCUAUAAUCCCAGAACUCAGGAGGCAGAGGCAGGCGGAUCUCUGUGAGUUUGAGUUCAGCCUGGUCUACAAAGUGAGUCCAGGACAGCCAAGGCAACACAGAGAAACCUUGUCUCAAAAAAACUGAAAAAAAAAAUCAUUUUUAAUAAUCAUUUUUAAUAAUUAUUAAAAAGAACUUGCAAGUAAAAAACAGUGAAAUUAACCAGACCCAAAGUCUAUGAUACAUCUCAGUGAACAGUUAGGAGGUUGUUUGAAUGAGAAGGCUCCCAUAGGCUCUUAUGCUUGAAUGGUUGGUCCCCUAUCAGUGGAACUGUUUUAGGAUUGGGAGGUGUGACCUUGCUGGAGUGUGUCACUGAGGGUGGACUUUGAGGUUUCAAGAGCCCAUGCUCAGUCUCUUUCUGUGUACUGCCUGCAAAUCAUGAUGUAAGGAUACCAGCUACUAUGCUGGCACUCAUGCCUGCCUGCUUCCUCCCAUGAUGAUGGCCUAACCCUCUAAAACCAAGCAGGCCCCAAUUAAAUGCUUUCUUUUGUAAGAGUUGCCUUGGUCAUGCUGUCUCUUCACAGCAGAGAACACUAAGACAAGUUAGAAUAGCUGUUCUGAACAUAGCACAGUUGUUUCAAUGAAGAUAACACAAAGUGUUUAGUACAAUGUCAGGGUCUCAAGUAUUGUACAACAUUGUCUUUAACAACUUAUCUUCAUAGCAAAGAGCUCCUAUCUCUGUCUCUUCUAAACUCUUCUUUUUUUCAAUGUAUUUUACUAUCCUUUGUGUCUGAGCCUUUGUUUUAGCUACUUUUCGUAAGCCUCCUACAACUUGUUUACCUCACUAAUUUCUAUGCAUCCUUCAGAUCCCUGACUGGCCUCCCCUACCUCCCACAUCCCAGUCUGAGUAGUCACUUGCGUAUUCCUUUCAUCAGUUAUCUCCCACAUUGAUUAGCUUAAGUGAGGGAAGGGGCAGACACAAUGUUCACUACCAUAUUCCUAGGCCUCUGUGAAGUUUCUCACACCUGGUAGGAUAAGUAUUAAAGGAAUGGUCAUUACCAUUUUUGUUUCCCCAUCAUCAUUCAAAAGCAGUGUCUCACUUUGGCUUAUAGUUUUUGUGCUAUGUAAUUGUGAUGAUCAUAGAAGGUAUUUUUAGGUCAGGUGCCUAUCUCUUUUUUUCCUGAAGCAUGUGCUUUGCCCUGAUCAAAGUGAGCACAGCACACACAGCUGCUUACUACGCAUCUCUCCA